AUGGUAGAAAGUAUCGCGAGUCUUGUAUCGAGAGCGGAAGCUCAAUUCUCUCACCUGCUAAACAUUGACCUAAGCCCUGGCGCUGGUCUCUUGGUUUUCAAAUUUCCCAAAGCUAAACCAACGCUUGCGGAUGAGCAAGCUAUUCUCAAGGUCUGGGCCAAAAUACAUGAAAUACACAAUACCAACAGCCUUUCCCUCGAAUGCCGGCUACGCAAUGAUUCAAAACUCAGAGACCAUGUUCGUCAGCUCUUAAAAAGCCUCCUUGAUAUCCUUGAGAGAAUCAGAAAGGCUUUCAAGGAUCUGCGGUCGGCACCAGUUCAUUUAGACUCGAUUGUGGACGAUGAUCCCGAUAUUUCCGCAGACAUAAAAGUAUUCGUAGAACAAGUUCCUGACAUCGUCGACUGUCUUAUGAGACUUAACGACACGAUUAAGGAUCCAUGUCAAUGGGACCGAUACCUUAGCUAUCAUACAGAUACCUCUGCAUUUGAGGCAUUAGCGACCCAGCACGUAGUCACAAAGUUCGAGGGCAUCCAAGCUUAUCUUGCACAGCGACUAGGGACGGCCAUAUCGAGGCGGCGUCAGCAUAUCGAGUACAGGAAGGCUCAUCAAGAGAGGCUUUUGCAUUGCGUAGAUGGCCAGAUGGGUCACAACAUGAUGGAGGUCCCACAAGAUCCUGCGGCAUCCCUCAUUCCAGAUCACCUGAACCAAGUCUCACAGACCAACAUCUACCAGGACUCAUCUUCAGAGGACGCUAUCGGUUCAGUGACCUUCCAAAACUCCACGUCUGCAGGGGCCCAGCGGUCGUCGUCGAUCCUAGACAUGCCGAAAGAAGCACGCGGUGGGCCAUUCGUAUGCCAACUUUGCUACACACUCGUUGAUAUUCGAGACGAUAUUACCUGGAGACAACACGUAUACGAAGACCUGCAGCCGUACAAUUGCUUGGAAGAAGACUGCGAGGCGGCAGACCGGAAUCUCGCUACAAGCGACGAGUGGAUGAAACACAUGCGCAAACAUCACUUCAUACUGUUUUACUGCAUAUUUAGAUGCGGUUGCACAUUCUCGUCAGCAUCGGAGUGUAGCACGCAUUUGAAAACACAGCAUUCAGAUGAUCUAUCUUACUUUCCUAACGGCUACACCGAUAGCAUGAUCAGGUCUUUUCCCAUGGAUGAUGAAAUGGAACUCUCGUGUCCUUUUUGCUUCGAUAAUAUGCCCUUGAUGGAUUACGAAAACCAUGUUGGGAAGCACCAACAGGAGCUGGCACUCUUCGCCAUUCCUGACACUGACGAUUGGACUAAGGACAAAGUAAAGCUCAGCUGGUGGUCUAGACUAUGGACUGAGGAUAAUCUUUCAUGGUACAAAGACCACGCAAGCAUUGCGAUAACGAGCCUCGGGCUUUAG